AUGAAGGCACUCGCAGUGGCGGUAGACCGGAUGGGGAAGAAGCAGGAGAAGCUGAAGAAGCAGAAGAAGCAGAAGAAGCGGGUGACGAAGGAGAAGGCCCGCCAGAGCACCCCCGGGGAAGAGCUUCCCGUAAAGAAGAAAAAAAAAAACGGCACGGAGACGAUGCUAAAAAAGAAGGGAAGCAUAUCCGCGAAGGACAUCGCCGUGAGGAAGAUUUUUAAAAAGUUGAAGCGGAUGGGUGCGCUGGAGGGGGAAGCGGUUGAGAAGAAGCCCAAAAAGGGGGCCACCAAGUUGGGGAAGAUUACCCAGAAGGGGAGCUCGCUGAGGAAGGAUACCACGAAAGGGAACCUGCUGAGGAAGGUCACCCGCAAGACGCGCCCAGGCACGGACCCGGACGACAGCGCUGAGGCCAAACGGUCGGCCCAGAACAAAGCCCUGCUCGCGAAAAAGCGAAAAGAAAUAAUGAUUAAGGUACCCCCCAGUGAGGGGAACAACGAGUGGCUGGAAAAAUUGGACCUGACCUGCUCACAAAAUUUUUAUUUAAAAAAAAUGAAAUUGUAUGGAAAUUGCCAAGUGAGGGAAGGUGAGUUCUUGAGACUUACACAUGAAAACGUAGUGGAGGGUCUGAAGAAACUGCAAGAUCUGCACAUCUCCUUUAACAGGCCAUACGACUUCCUGGCAGAUAUGAUGAAGAGCGACUUGCACAUGGAAAGAGUUAGGCAAAAGAUUGUGAAGGAUCACGAGCGGGUGGAAGAAAAGGAAAAAAAUAAAAUAAAAAGAAUGAACAAAAAAUUUAAUAAAAAAAGUGGCUCUGCGAAAGUAGCUAGCCAAAUGGAAGCUAUUGAAAAAAAAAAAAAUUUGCAGAAGAUCGACCAGCUGAGGAAGGAAGAUAAGCUCCAGACGCUCGACGUGCAGGAGUUUUUUCUCAAGCACGCCAAGUCCGACCAGGAGAAGAAGGGCCGCCGGGGGGAAAAAACGCAAAGCGGCAGAAAGGGGAAUACAAAAGGAGAUCGAAAGGGGAACUCUCACAGCGACAGAAAGGGAAACUCUCACAGCGACAGAAAGGGAAACUCUCACAGCGACCGAAGGGGGAAUGCCCAAAACGACCGAACGGGCAAGGCACGCUUCAAGACGAAAAAGCGAAUUAAGAAGAACAAAAAAAAUAAAGGCAGGAAGAAUUUCAAGAGGCGUUAG